CGUGUCCUAACGCUACCUUCUACUUACAGGGCUCUGUUAUCAUCUGCUUGCGGUUGCUGCUCUUGUAAGCUGUAAUACCGUGAGUGUGAGUCUUAAGUUUCCAUUAAUGGCUACUCUUAGGAACUUGUUGAAGAAAAAAUAUUUAACGUCCAACGAGCUUCCUAUAAGGAGGUUCUUCUCUUCCGAGGCUGUUGCUGAAUCUCCCUCUUUUGCUCAAAAACUUCCCAAUAAUCUUCCUGGAACUAAAAUCAAGCCUGAAGUUUCUCAACUUAUUGGGAGAACUCCUCUUGUUUAUCUUAACAAAGUGACCGAAGGAUGUGGAGCCUUCAUAGCCGUCAAGCAAGAGAUGAUGCAACCAACUGCCAGCAUCAAAGACAGGCCGGCCUUUUCAAUGAUCAAUGAUGCAGAAAAGAAGAAUUUAAUCACUCCUGGAAAGACGAUCUUGAUAGAGCCAACGUCUGGUAAUAUGGGGAUUAGUAUGGCUUUUAUGGCAGCCAUGAAAGGAUACAAGAUGAUUCUAACCAUGCCCUCUUACACCAGCUUGGAGAGAAGGGUAACUAUGAGGGCAUUUGGCGCUGAGCUAAUUCUCACUGAUCCCACCAAGGGAAUGGGAGGAACAGUUAAGAAGGCACAUGAUCUUUUGGAAUCCACACCAAAUGCUUUCAUGCUGCAACAAUUUUCAAAUCCUGCAAAUACUAAGAUCCAUUUUGAAACUACGGGUCCUGAAAUUUGGGAGGAUACACUUGGACAAGUUGACAUCUUUGUGAUGGGAAUAGGCAGUGGAGGAACAGUCUCCGGUGUUGGACAGUACCUUAAAUCACAAAAUCCUAAAGUUAAGAUAUAUGGAGUGGAGCCUGCUGAAAGUAAUGUGCUGAAUGGUGGUAAACCAGGUCCUCAUCAUAUUACUGGAAACGGAGUUGGAUUUAAACCAGACAUAUUGGACUUGGAUGUAAUGGAAAAAGUUCUUGAGGUUAGCAGUGAAGAUGCAGUGAAGAUGGCCAGGAGGUUGGCACUGGAGGAGGGGCUUAUGGUGGGAAUAUCAUCUGGAGCCAACACAGUUGCGGCACUUAGACUUGCUAGAAUGCCAGAGAACGAAGGCAAACUCAUUGUGACUGUUCAUCCAAGUUUCGGGGAGCGAUACUUGACUUCUGUACUGUUUGAAGAACUCAGAAAUGAGGCUGCAAAUAUGCAACCAGUUUCAGUUGACUAAGGCUUUCGAAUGGAAUGUUCAAUAAAUAAUACUAAAUCUCUAGUGUGCAAUCGUUUGUUGACAUCAUGUUACUUGUAAGUUCUGUUGAUUGAAAAACUAUGCGUCCAGCAAAUUUGUUGUGAUAAAGCUUAUUUGUCUGAUAGAAA